UGGAAAGUACCUUACCUUGAAAACUUGGAGAACAUGGAAGCUAAAAAGGUCCUCCAUUUGAUGCCACCUGAGGUUCCAUCCACCAGGAGGUCCAAGAAUGGAUAUGUUUUUCAGGAGAUGGAGCUGCAAGAUGGGGAGCAAGAGGGUUGUGUUCAGAACUCGCCUGACACUGACAAAGAAAAUAUAUAUGACAACGAGAUCCAGAUCAGUGUUUCAGAUAUGGAAGGACCUGGAUUUGGACUUUUAAACACAACAAGAAGAUAUGUAAAGCCCAUGAACUUCCAGGAGGAAGUGCGUGCCCACAGAGACCUGGAAAGCUUCCUGGCCCAGGCAAGCAUCAUUUUGGAUGAGAAAGCAACAACUUUAAAUGAAGUUCUGAGGCGAAUGAUAGCUCGCGUGAUGGAAGAAACCCAAAGCAGCUGUGGUGUGGAUGAGUUAAUGGCCUCUCUGUUUACAGAUGAAGAGGGGAAAGGGAAUGUUCAACUUCUGUCAGAAACUAUUCAGGGUGUGACUGCAACUUCAACUGGCAUUAGUUACCAGCAAUCCUGGCUUUGUAUUCUAUCCAACAUGAGGAACCUGCAGAGACGUUAUGUAUGCAUCACUCGUCUGGAGAGGCCACAAAACUGGGGAGUCAACUCCUGUGAAGCUCGCUUUGUCAUCCUCAUCCUCGCUCCACCUAGAACAAAAAGCACCAAGACAGCCGCUGAACUGGGUAGAACAUUUGCCACAAUGUUCUCUGAUAUUUCCUUCAGACAGAAGCUUUUGGAAACUAAAACCCAGGAGGAGUUCAAGCAGGAGCUGGUCUGCCAGCGACACCAGCUCUCUAUAGUCCGUGAGAAACCAGUCAUGGAGGAAGUGGAUCACUCUGAUCCACGUAAAGGAAAAGCACUCCAGUGCAAAGAUUUCUUUAAAGCUGGUAAAGGAGCUUAUGACGACCUCCGUCGCAGGCUGCCUCUCUACCCCUCAGACUUCACAGAUGGUGUAAUUGGGAAGGACCGCGCUCUGCUGAAGUAUUCCACCACUGCUAUCUUCCUCUAUAUUGCCAUCCUACUGCCUGCCAUUGCCUUUGGCUCAUUGAAUGAUGAAAGCACAAGAGGAGAAAUAGAUGUUCAGAAGACUAUUGUUGGCCAGAGCAUUGGGGGAGUGAUCUAUGCUCUGUUUGCUGGCUCACCACUCGUCAUUCCACUUACCACUGCACCACUGGCCAUCUUUAUAAGUGUUAUCAGGGGUAUCUGUGAUGACUAUGACCUUGACUUUGAUGCUUUCUAUGCCUGCAUUGGUUUAUGGAAUAGUUUGUUCCUCAUCCUUGGAGGCUUGUUCAACGUCAGCCUGCUAAUGAAACUCCUCAAACGUUCAACUGAAGAAGUCAUUGCAUUGUUCAUUUCAAUAGCAUUUGUUGGGGAUGCAGUGAAAGGCACCGUUAAAAUUUUUGAGCACUUCUACCACGGACCAACAUUAGCAACACCAAACAGCACGGUGGUGUUACAACACAUUAAAGAGAUUCUAGAGAAGGCAAAUAACCACUCGCAAUAUGGGAUUGUGAAUCAAAAUGGAAGUGUGUUGCAGCUUGGACAUGAGGAAGAGCACAUGCUAGUCUUCCUCCCUGAGUUCUUGGUGAUAAGCACGAGAGAAAGGCCUGUCCUCUGUCUACUGCUCAUGUUGGGAACUUUGUGGCUAGGAUAUGCUCUUUACCUCAUCAAAAGGAGUCCAUAUCUAAAUGACAAAAUCAGAGAGGUGGUGUCUGACUGUGCUUUGCCUAUCUCUGUGGUGAUAUUCUCCUUCAUUGGCUCCUUCCUUUUCAUUGACAUACAGCUUCCUGUAUUCAAUGUUCAUGACGGUCCAAUCUUCAAGUACCCUGCAUUUGAAAAGCUGACAGGAAUGAAUGUACUGAGUGCAGCUGGAUUGGGUUUUCUCCUUGCACUGCUCAUCUUUAUUGACCAAAACAUUGUCAUCUCACUCACUCAUGUACCAGAACAUAAGCUGUUAAAAGGCACAGCGUUCCACUGGGACCUAAUGCUGACUGGCUUCAUUAACAUCCUCAUGUCCUGUCUGGGGUUGCCAUGGAUGCAUGCCGCUUUCCCGCAUUCCUCCCUGCACGCCCGUCAGCUCGCUAAAGUAGAACAGCAUGUAGAGAAUGGACACCUCUACACAACGAUCGUCAGUGUGAAGGAGACACGUCUGACUGCGCUAACGGCCAACAUCCUGAUUGGCCUAUCUGCCUUCAUGCUUCCCAUUCCGCUACAGUGGAUCCCAAAGCCUGUCCUCUACGGCCUCUUCCUGUAUGUCGCAGCCACUUCGCUGGAUGGAAAUCAGAUGGUGGACCGCAUGACCCUGCUGCUGAAGGAACAGACAUCAUAUCCUCCCACCCACUACAUUCGACGUGUGCCUCAGAGGAAGGUGCAUUACUUCACCGGGUUACAAAUAAUCCAGCUCAUCAUCCUUUGUGCUUUUGGGAUGUAUCCUCUGCCCUAUAUGAAGAUGGUCUUCCCUCUUCUAAUGAUCUUGCUGGUCCCUAUCAGGACCAGCUUGCUUCCCAGAGUGAUCGAAGCCAAGUACCUAGACAUCAUGGAUUCCCAGUACAUCUAGUACAACUGAACAAGACAGAAGAAGCAGUUAUUGUGGUAUCUGAAUGCAAUGCAUUUGCUGUGCAAGAUUUCAGUGCAAGUACUUGCUUACGACUAGAUGACCAUUUACAGCUUUCCUUUGCUUUGCCAUGGCUCAUUACAGAUUAAAUAUAGCCAUAGCUGGCUUUCAUCUGUAACUAUCCUGCAUCUUUGGUUUUUAUAAUAAAAGUACCUAUAAAGGAUUUAAUAUAGACAAACCUGUCUUAAAGUGGUAUUGGGAAGGUACACAAGAUAAUUUAAUUUUAUGAAAAAUGUCAUCUUUAAUCAUUGAUUUAAUUCAAGCAUAAGGUUGUUUAAAAGAAUUCCACUUGUGUUAAUGUGAUGCUGAUGAAGCAACUUUGCUAAAGUACAAAAUAAAUCUGUCAGUGCUCACAUAAACAAAUACCAAAGUUGGGUUUCAUAAAUUAUCUUCUUGUCAUUUUGUUGUGAAAGACUGCUUUUGUUUUGUACUGUUUGUUAUUAUAAAGGACACUGACUUUUUGUAUUGUAUGAAAUCAAAUGUUCUAAAAACAUUUAAAAUAUUUUAGAGGACUUAUGACCACUUAUUUGACAAAGCUACAGAUAUUCAUUCCCAAGAAAAUAGCAUGUAUACAUUUGUUGCAACUGAAU